GAGCGGCGCGCGUGCGCACUGGAGCUCGCUGCCCUCCCAUUCAUAAAAAAGCCAUUUUCCCAGGCAAGGGUUGCAACAUCGCCGCCGAGGCAGCGAGCUGAGCUGACAGCGCGGAGCUGGCGCUGCAGGACUCAGAGAGCCUUACCGGCUCCUCUGACUUGGCGUCUGUGAGUACAACGGCGACUGACCCACUCUGGUUCGGGGAUUUACACAGACGUGGAGCGAUGCUUGUGACUCUGCAGCUCCUCAAAGACCCCUAGAAGCCUGUCUCUUGGUGCAGUUCAGGACCUCCAGCCUCAUGGAGCCCCCGAUUCCACAGAGCGGCGUCCCUUUGAAUCCCAGCUCAGUCAUGGUGCAGCCCCUCCUUGACAGCAGAGUGCCCCACAGCCGGCUCCAGCACCCACUCACCAUCUUGCCCAUUGACCAGAUGAAGACCAGCCACGUGGAGAAUGACUACAUAGACAACCCUAGCCUGGCCCCUGCCACGGGUCCCAAGCGGCCCCGGGGUGGGGCCCCAGAGCUGGCUCCUACACCUGCCCGCUGUGACCAGGAUGUUACUCACCACUGGAUCUCCUUCAGCGGUCGGCCCAGCUCUGUAAGCAGCAGCAGCAGCACUUCCUCUGACCAGCGGCUCCUGGAUCACAUGGCUCCACCACCGGUGACUGAGCAGGCCUCCCCCAGGGCUGUUCGCCUCCAGCCCAAGGUGGUCCACUGUAAGCCACUGGACCUCAAGGGCCCAGCAGCUCCACCAGAGCUAGACAAGCACUUCUUGCUGUGCGAGGCCUGUGGGAAGUGUAAGUGCAAGGAGUGUGCGUCCCCUCGGACGUUACCCUCCUGCUGGGUGUGCAACCAGGAGUGCCUGUGCUCCGCCCAGACCCUGGUCAACUACAGCACGUGCAUGUGCCUGGUGCAAGGUAUCUUCUACCACUGUACUAACGAGGAUGAUGAGGGCUCUUGUGCUGACCAUCCCUGCUCCUGCUCCGGCUCCAACUGCUGCGCCCGCUGGUCCUUCAUGGGCGCCCUCUCUCUGGUGCUGCCCUGUCUGCUGUGCUACCUGCCAGCCACGGGCUGCGUCAAGCUGGCCCAGCGCGGCUAUGACCGCCUGAGACGUCCCGGUUGCCGCUGCAAGCACACGAACAGCGUCAUCUGCAAGGCAGCCAGUGGGGACACCAAGGCCAGCAGGUCCGACAAGCCUUUCUGACACUUUGGAUGAAGACUGCAGUCCCUCCUGCCAGUCUCCUGAGGCUGACCUUGCUCAUCUGUCCUCUCCUAAAUCCUAGAUUGGGAAGAAACUGGCAGAGAACACUACUGCCUAGCCUCGAGUCCCCAAAAGGAUGAAGAUACACUUUGGGGGUUUUCAUGGUCUUGAAACUUUGUUAAACAGCAGUGACAGUGUCGGGAUGUGUAAGGGGGCAGUUUUCCUAUUUCAGAAGACUGAAGACAGAUGUGGACACAAAAUCUGCAAGUUCAGCCACUCAAUGGCCUUCCCAGCCCCUCUUCUCCCUCCCACUCUGCCAUUCUCUCUGCUCCUACCUGGGAGGAACAGCUAAUGGGAGGUGAGAUACCUCGAGGAAGACCCUCAGAGCCUUGACUUCUAUCUUUCCGCUUCUGUCCAUGCCUGUUGGCCUUGGCCUCUUGAGGGUGCACCGUAGCAAUUCCUGCUGUAUGUACUUGAUGGCUGAGAACAAAAUGGCCGGUAAGCUGCCACCCUGGAGCCGCCGGAUGGAUGAGGAACCACCUGACAGUGUGUUCCUCCUAGCUUCCAUCACUUACCCGGCGGUGUCCACUCAUCACACCAUCCUCCGGUUCUUAACCAAGUCACAGACUGGCCUGCCUGCUAUGUGUCCUGAGCUCUUACUACUCAAAUUCUUUGUAGAAACUUGCUGGGUUAAGAAGGCCAGGAUGACACAAGCAAGACCAAAUAUCAUUUUGCCAAUGAGUCUGAGGCUGUGGUCUCUGGAUCCAGCCAUGGUGUUUUUAUAUGUUUAAUUAAACUAGAUGCUAUCGGUGUUGAAACAGUAAUAAUACAACAACUUGCUUCCUUUUGGGCCACCCCCAGGAAGGGCUGAUUUCAAAAUCUGGGGGCAAGCCACCUCAAGGAGCGUUUCCCCCGCCCCCUGCACAUCAAGAAUGGCAAAGAAGAGGCCGUACCUCCCAUUGGCAGAAUGACAGUUGAGCCGAACUGGGGUUGGGUUUUCUUCUGAUUCUGCUGCUUGCUUUUUGUGUAUAGUGAUGCGUCUGUCUUUAUGUACAUAGAGAGAUGACAGAGUCUAUUUUAGUGUUAGGAGGCCCCGGUGGGGAAGUCAGAAGAUGCCAGAGAGGGUGGGGAUCGAUUCUCCAGGGGCUGCUGGGUUUGAGCCCCACUUUUUUUGUGUGCAGCACACACACACCCCUCCCAACAGCCCCCAAAGACGUAGCAACUCUUUCUCACACGGUGCUAAAGGACUCAGAAAGCGCGCAGCACGUCCAGUGGGUAGGUACUUGUUGCAUGCAGAAGGCUACAGUGUCUCUGGUCCUUGCCCCCAGCCGUUGCGUGGGGUUUUGUUUUGUUUCUUUGGUGUUUUUGUUUUUGUUUUUUUGUUUUUUUUGCUUUGUGUAGUAUUUUGUCUCCAUCCCUGCCUCUGAAUCAAGAGAUAGCACCUGGGUCAGAAGAGGUACCCCAGGUAAAAUUGGGAGAGCAUUAGGCAAAAAUCAUGUGGAACAGUUCUGGUUCUUGGAGUGAGCUGCCCCCAGGGAGGAAAUAAGGAGGCGGGUAGCUGUGAGUGGAGUGUACCUAUUGCUCUUUUCUCAAGGAUUCACCCCCACCCCCACCUUGGAAGCUACUAGUAGUAGUAGUAGUAGUAGUAGUAGUAGUAGUAGUAGUAGUAGUAGUAGUAGUAACACUUUAUGAUUUAGAAUAAGUUAAUAGUAACCAUAGGUAUUUAUUGAUCUGAGGAAGAGGGAGGGUUUUGUUUUCAGCUUUAUUUAUGUAACAUUUACUGGCUUGUAAAAGGCAAGUAUAAAAUCCUGCAUCUUCAUCGUCUACAGCUAAUCCAUACACCUCACCUGCCCUUGCCACAAUUGCAGUGUUCUUGCACAGAUUGGAAGGAAAGAUAGAAGACAAACCCCACGAUCAGCAAACCACUUAACACUAAUUGAAUGUAUUAUAGAAGCUUUCUGAAGGGGCUGGAGAUGUUUUCCUCGGAUGAGGUGUGUGCAGGGAAACUCCCCCAAAAUGAUAGCGCACACGUGCACUCUUUCCAAGAAGCCUGGGAGCUUUGCCCAGGGUCUCUCCCUCUGUCCCUCAAUCUGUCUCCACAGGACAGCUGACCCAGUGGCAAGCUGCACUUUGGCGAUCUUGGUCUACACACUUCUGUGGAUAGUUGAGUUACAUAGGCUGUGUAUGCGCACAUACACAUGACAUUUACAUACACACACCUUCUCCCACACAGACUCUGUUUCCUGGCAACCCCUCCCAAACCCUGAUGUUGUGUACAUAGCUGUAAACACAGAUUUUUAUGGGUUUUGGUUUGCUUCCCCCCAACACACACCCUUGUUUUGGUUUGGGAAUGAUGUCUGCAGAACUCUCCCUCCCCCUCCCCCCAGGAGUUUACCUUGGGACCCACUUACUCAGUGGUAAGGGAAUGGGAUGAAGGAAGCAUCCUUUUUCCUCUGCUCUGUUUUUCUCUGGCUUCUUGAUAGACACCUACACAUGGGGAAUGCAAAUACACAAAAAUGGGGUAGUUUGUUUAUAGGGCCCCCCCAGCCCCCUUGCCAGGCAACAGGCAUUGAGAGCACAGGUUCUCACAAACAGAACAUUUCUGUAGCUGUUUCUGACUUGUUUGCUAGCGUUUGCAGCUUGCUUGGCUGAGUUACAUCAUUUAAGACACACCAGCUGGUCCUCACUCUAGACCGGGGUGCGUGUCAGUUGUGCCUGAAGCCGAGGACGGCAUCCGGGAUGUUGCUUAAAGUACCUUGGCUCCUGGGUUUCCCGCAUUGUAGGGAAAGACUGGUAUUCCUGUGGGGUCUGAGUCUAGGCUAGCCACACCUUCCAAGCACAAUCCAAGCUCCUUAAGCCAAACUGAAGGGAGCAAAGAGCAGCCCUUACUCUGUUCUCAGGCCCUUCUCAGAUGGCAUGGUGGGAGGCAUCCUUGUGAUUGUGAUGGGUCCUUUGAGCUAAUGCCAUCCGCAUGGAUGGGGCCCAGCUGGAUCACAGCCCCAAGGGGGCAACAUACACCAAGUUGGUCGGGGCCAGAACCCAGGUACCCAUCACUCGGAAGCAGCGUGGUCUCCAGUGCUGCUCCAAGAAAUGGCUAAGGUGUGUGGGCAGCACAGAUUUGCACUGUAUAAUUUACUAGGACAUCCGGGGCUUCCCUGGCCUCCCAGUUAUGCAUUUGGUGAGUAGCUCCGUGCCCUCCCUGAUCUGUAAUGGUGGAUGUCAGUCCUGUGUUUCCAUUUUGAUUGUGGGUGGCUGUGCUGUUUCUUAGCUUGCUUUUCUCUUGUGUCCUGUGGUUGAUUUCCUGUUAGCAGCACUAGAGCUGUGCCCCAGCACCCACUCCACCACAUUCCUGUGUCACUGUAGCCCCCCUGUUCACCCCCCACCACAAAAGUUACCACGAAAGGUUUCCUUUGUAAAAAAUAUUUAUUUUGAAGCUCUAUUUUAAUAGUAUUUAUUUUAGAAAGUCUACUAUUGUAAGAGUUCUUCUGUUUGUGAAGAAAAAAACAAGUUAAAAACUGAAUGUACUGAUCUAGAAGAUAUCUAUAAAUAUAUAUUGUU